AUGGCCAUUCCAGCAUCCGUCACCAACGUCAGUGUGGAGUUCCUUGAGUUCGCUGCGGUGGUGGCACCUCCUGCCUCUACCAAAUCGUAUUUCCUCGGUGGAGCAGGUGUGAGAGGGUUGAAUAUUGAAGGAGAAUUUGUUAAGUUCACCGGAAUCGGAGUUUAUUUGGAAGAGAAGGCUGUGCCGUGGCUAGCUGCCAAAUGGAAGGGAAAGAGUGCAGCUGAAUUACUUGAAUCUCUUGAGUUCUACAGAGAUAUCAUCAAAGGUCCAUUUGAGAAAUUAAUUCGAGGGACAAAGUUAAGAACAUUGGAUGGACCUGAAUAUGUGAGAAAAGUGUCUGAGAACUGUGUGGCCUACAUGAAAUCCGUUGGAACUUACGACGAAGCAGAAGAAAAAGCUAUUGAGGAAUUCAGAUAUGCAUUCAAGGAUCAAAAUUUCCCACCAGGAUCGACGGUUUUCUAUAAACAAUCACCCACUGGAACAUUAGGGCUUAGUUUCUCAAAAGAUGAGACAAUUCCAGAAGAUGAGUAUGCAGUGAUAGAGAACAAGGCACUUUCAGAGGCAGUGCUGGAGACUAUGAUUGGGGAGAUUCCUGUUUCUCCUGCUUUGAAAGAGAGUUUGGCAACAAGAUUUUAUGAGUUUCUGAAAGAGGCUGAUUCCAACAUUGAGUGA